CUUUGUGCUGGGCAGAGCUUCCCUGCACCCAGGCACCCUGGGAGAGUGGGGCUGCUGGACAAGCCUCCCCAGGCAGCACCCAGACACAGGCUGGGAGGGAGCAGCCACUGCUGAGCUCUGGGGCAGGUGUGGGAGCUGGUCUGAGCCUGGCACUGCAAGCCUGAGCUAUGCCACAAGAGGUGUCCAAGCUGAACCUGGGGAAGAAGAUCAGCAUCCCCAGAGAUGUGAUGCUAGAAGAGCUUUCUCUCCUCACUAACAAAGGAUCUAAGAUGUUCAAAUUACGUCAGCUGAGAGUGGAGAAGUUCAUUUAUGAGAAUAACCCUGAUGCCUUCACCGACAAUUCUGUGGAUCACUUUCAGAAGUUCAUCCCACCAGGAGGGCAUUAUGGGGACGAUGCUCAGGGCUAUGCCCAUGGGCGGAUGGUAGGAGGAGUGGCAGCUGGGCAGCACGGCUCUGGAACACAGCAGCAUCCCGGCGUCCCUCCCAGGCCCGGGAGCAGAGGAGGCGCUAGAGACGGUGAAGGCGAGCAUGCAGGGAAAUCAGCUGGAAGUGCUGGAGAAGGAGGUGAUGGUACUGAUAAAGAUGGAAAGUCAGGAGGCAAAAAAGUUACAAUAUUUAAAACCUAUAUUUCCCCUUGGGAACGAGCGAUGGGUAUCAGUCCUGAGGACAAAAGUCAGUUCUCCACGGACUUACUGUCAUACAGCCCCAAACCUGAUUUCCCCCAUUACAAGUCUUUUAACCGGACUGCCAUGCCUUACGGGGGUUAUGAAAAAGCAGCCAAACGGAUGACCUUCAAAGUGCCUCAGUUUGAUAUCUGCCCUUUGCUCCCAGAAUCUCUCAUGAUAUAUAAUCAAAACUUCAGCAAGAGACCCUCCUUCAACAGAACCCCAAUACCUUGGAUGCCUUCAGGCGACUUCUCAGAGUACCAGACUGCAGUCAAUGUGCCAGUGAGUGGUGAAACAGAAGAGCUUUAAAUCCCCACUGCCAAGACCUUCCUUUUUUUCUCAGCCCUUUCUAUUUGCAAGUUGAUAGUAAGGAGCAGAAAAGUGCAACUCUAGUUCUGUCAGCUCUUCCUUUCUUUUGCCCAUAGCCAAGACAAGUCCCUAGCAGGUUCUAAACUCCUCUUCACUGUAUUGUUAAUCUAAAUCAGACACAGUUUGAGGAAAAGGAGCUUUUUAUUCACCAGCAUAUAAGAGAUCAAGACUAACGAAGUGUUUUUAUGGUUAGCAAUGCUACAUGCUGCCUGUCUGAUUGAUAAUAAACCUGUUUUGUCAUAUAUUAACAAAAAAUAAAACACCAAGAUGAAAAACA